CGGAGUGCUCCGAUGGAACUCACCAUUAGGGAGCUGCGACAAAGUACGGGGACUUAAAUAGAAAGGAAAGAGAAACUAGGGGCUGAUUGGGCGGGGAGACAAGAUUCAUACGCCGAACCUAGUCGCCUCCACAAUCAACAUGCACGUCCCCGAUUCGACUGAGCUCCGCUGACGUGUAUACCAUGUCAUCACCUCCCUCCUUUUAAUUCAUCUCCCCUCCUUCGAACGAGCCGAGUCCUCCCAACCAAAAAGCAUCCCUUCCCUUCCCCUCUGUUUCUCUCUCACUCACUGUCUCUCUCUCUCUCUCUCUCUCUCUCUCUGUUUUUGCUCUGUUUCUCUCUCUUCUCUCUCACUUUACCUUUUCUUUCCCUCUCCAGAAUUCCGAAUCAAAAGCUCUCUCAAAAAUCCAAAAUUUCUCGACCCAAUUUACAGUUCACUGCCCCCUACACUUUCUACUGCUGCUUUCAAAUCUUUUGGACUGCCACAUUGAAGCAGAGGAGGAGGAGGAAGAAGGCGAAGGAGGAGGAGGAGGAGAAGAAGAAGAACAGAGAAUCUUUUUUUCCUUCUUUUGAGGAAAUCUAGGUGACAGCAGAAAAGGCAAGUGAAGAUGAUCAAUAAUCCUCCCACCACCAUCAGCUUUGUAUCGCAGAAUCUCUAUAUCCCGAAAAUCCCCAAAGCCGGUCAAUAAAAAUGGUCACCCACCCGCAAACCUUCCUUUUCUAAAGCCACCAAAUUUGUUGCAAGACCGGCAGCGAUUUUCCAUUUCCCAAAAUUCGUCUGAUGGAAGGGAGGUCCGGGAACGGUAGCGGCCACUGCAAGAUCAGGAAGAGGGGCUGCUCGUCUUCCUCGUCCUCGUCUCUGGUGAGGCGGUACAGGCUGAAGAGGGCGAUUUUGGUUGGUAAGAGGACCGGGUCCAGCACUCCCACCCCGACUUGGAAGCUCGGCUCGAAGUCUCCCGCCCUGGUGGUUCCCAACAGCUCGAACUACCCCACUGGCCCGAUGGAGAGCAAGGAGGUUCCUGUUUCCGCAAGGAAGCUCGGGGCUACUCUUUGGGAGAUCAAUGAGGUGCCGUCACCUGUGAAGGACGUAGCUUUGGAUGACAAGAAGGGGAUGAGGAGGAGAGAGAAGCAUGGGAAGUUUUCGCAUUCGGAGUCGUUGAUGAUGCCGCCGCGUGUGUCCGAUCCGACCUAUAGUCCUCUCCCUGAGGGGAUGGAUCGGCCGGAAGGUGGGAAGCAUCGGAGAAGGGCUUCGGCGGUAUCUCAAAAGCUUCAGCUCGCUGAUUACGUCGGAGGCCAAGAAGACUCUAUUGCCAAUGCCAAUGUGGUAGAGAUCGAGUCUCAUUCUUGUAGCAAGAAUCACACAGAGGGCUUGAUCGAUAUGAGGACCCGCUUAAAGGAUCUUGGUAACAGUUUAACAACAUCUAAGGAACUCCUUAAAGUUCUGUAUCGGGUCGGAGGUCUCGGGAAGCAACAGCCUUCUACUAUUUCCCUUGUCUCUGCCCUGCGGGCUGAGCUCGAUCAGGCACGCGCCCACGUCGAGGAACUGAUCCAUGAGUCCAGGGCCCGCCAAAGUGAGAUCGAGUUCCUCACUCGGCAUUUCAAUGAGGAAAAGGCUGUGUGGAAAGCCAAGGAGAGAGAUAGGGUUCGGAACGCCAUUGCCCACGUUGCUGAAGAGCUCGAGGUGGAGCGAAAGCUGAGGAGGCAAACGGAGAGAUUGAACAAGAAGCUUGGGAACGAGUUGCUGGAAACAAAGGCUAACCUUUCAAAGGCUGUGAAGGAGCUUGAGAGUGAGAGGAGAGCGAAGGAGAUACUGGAACAGGUGUGUGAUGAGCUUGCACAAGGGAUCGGAGAGGACAGGGCUGAGGUAGAGCAGCUGAAGAGGGAGUCGGCGAAGGUCCUAGAGGAGGUCGAGCAGGAGCGCGAGAUGCUUCAGCUAGCGGAUGUUCUACGAGAAGAGAGAGUUCAGAUGAAGCUCUCGGAGGCAAAGUACCACUUCGAGGAGAAGAACGCAGCGGUUGAGAGGCUGAAGAGCGAGCUAGAGAACUAUCUGAGGACAAAGGUGGGUCAAGAAGAGGAUAACGAGGACUCCCCGAAGUCGGAGAGGAGCAAGAAGCUCGAGGCUCUCUUGACAGGUAGUUAUGGCAUUAGUAACCGCUUCGAGUUGGAUCAUCAGAAUGGAGAAGUCAACAGAGAAGUCGAGGAGAGCGAAGGAGAUGAUUCAGCGGAUAGUGAUCUCCACUCGAUUGAGUUGAACAUGGAUAAUAACACGAGGAGCUACAAAUGGAGCUUCGGGGAGGGCCUCGAAGCUCUAGAUCCGACGAAGAGAGACUCGGUGGAUAAGGAGCUUCCAUUCAAUGGGAGGAGGUCUCUCUCGGAGAAGAUUCAGUGGGCAAGCAUCUCCUUAAAGAAGGGAACUUCAAACGGCGUCGAACUCGGGCCGAACAGUUGCGAGAACCUCAACGGCUUUGAUAGGGGGAGACUGGUCGAGUUUGUCUCGCACGCUCAGGCAAAGAAUGAGGAAGACCAGUCGAAGAGACACAGAACCACAAAAGGCAUAAGAGACUCCAAGGUGCCCGGUUUUGGGAUAGCCUCUCUUCAGCCUGUCACGAGCCCGAUCAGGAAGUGGGGGCCCGUCCCAGAUCCUGUAAGUGACAUCCGGGAAAGUUCCCCAACUAUCAACCCGAGAGCGGAGGCGGCGAGAAUCAGCAGCGAACGUGGAAACGAGCCGGUUAAUAUCGAAACCUGAAACUGAGUUAGUAUUGCUCUUCUGAUGUUCGAAAUUUUGAUACUAGGAUGGUAAUUGUGUAUGAAAAUUAACUGUACAGAAGCUUCUUUGGCGUUCUAUUUGGUUAUAUAUUGUUAGUUAUGUUUUAUUAUUAUUAUUAUUAUUAUACUAUGUAAGGUUUUUGUUGUAUUUGAUCCUUAUCAUGUGGCGAUGGCAGAUUUUGUCAUUGCCUAACGGACUCGGGCUGCUUCAUUGAUAAUUAAGAGAAUAAAAUGAGCUGUUCGUUUU